CUUUGUCUUGGCCCCGCCUCCCUCUCUGGUUGUCAUAGUGAGGCGGUAUACAUUGAGACUCUAGGAUCCAAGGGCUGGAAACUGUUGGAAGCAGUCGCCAUGGAGUACACGGGGAGCAAAUUUGUCGGGGAAUAUGUAGAUAGGAGGAUGGAGGGCAAUGCCGAAUACAUCCUCCCUACUGAAACAAGAUAUGUUGGGGAGAUGAAGGACGGCAUGUUUCACGGCAAAGGAACCCUGUACUUCCCCAGCGGGAGCCGAUACGAUGCCAUGUGGGAGAAGGGACUGGCUGUAAAGGGCACGUAUACUUUCAAAGAUGGGCUGCAGUAUGAUGCGGAACACUGGCAUUACUGCGACAGCUAUGACCGGAGAUUUUACACUGAGAUCUGCUAUGGCUUGAAGCCUUCAGUUAUCUGUCAACUCACUAAUAUGGACCCACCCAGAAAGAUCCCCAAAGGCUGUUAUGAUUGUGGAGAUGGCUUCUACAACCCGGUCACAAGGAUCAUCAGGGACUACAAGAGCCACUUUCUGAGAAAUGCAGAUGAUGAUGAGCACGAGUGGAUCAUCCGGACGUGUCGGAAGGGUGAGGACAAGAUCGUGAGUCCCAAGCCCAAGCUGUGAACCCUAUGGCCACUUCCACCAGAGGUUUCCAUCUGCCCUGCUGGCACUGGCUGGCUUGGUUCUAGUUUUGACAGAAGAAUAAAGCCUUCAUACACUCA